UCGAUCGAUCGAUCGAUCUCGAUCAUCGGGACGAUCGGAUCGUCCGCAUUGUUGCGAUCAAAUUUUCGAAACCGAUUUCCCGUCCGCUCCUUGGACGUGAAUGUUUCCGAUGAAAAUUUCGUUGGCUAGGCCCGAUCGACUCGCCGCCCUCAGUGUGUCACAAUCGCCGGGCAAUUAGCUCGAAUUCAAUCGUCUCAUUUCCACUUUCUCGCGUCAACGAUAAACGUUUCAGAUAUCACAACUCCUACAUUGAAUUAAACUUUUUCGACGCAUCUGUUCGUCGACUACUACGUCGUUAUCUCCUCGACCACGCGUGUAAAAACUCCUCGUCGUUUCUCCAAGAUUCAAAAGUCACGGCGUCGUUCGCGUGAAUUUUUUUUUUUUUUUCAGCUUUCGAUUCCGCCAAAUAAUGACAACAGGUGAAAAACGAGUCCGCUAAUGAUUCCGUAUUACUACGAACGACAGUUCGGAAGGCCUGCAACCUCGUCGAGCCAAGCAUUUCGGACAAUUAACUCGAUUAACGCGAUGCCCUGAAAACGUCUAGGCAACGGAGCUUGUUGUAUUCUAUAAAUAAAACGGCUGUAACAUGUUUUUAUAAAUAAAUAGUUCCACCUACGCGAUGGAAUCGUCAUGGGAAUAAUUUGAAUGUUAGUCGGAAUUGUGGCGAGUUUUCCCAGGAACUUUAGCGGGCCGAUUGUGAAUUUUAUUCAGUCGUUACUGGAAUCCACCGUGUAACAGUAUUCCGCAAGUUUCGCUUACUUUUUUUAAUACAAAGCUUUGAACAUUUGAACAUGUGCACGAAGUCUGUUACACGUUGUUAUGUUUACAUCCAGUAAACAAAGCGCGCUCGUUCCGAAUGGAUGUUGAACCCACAUUUUUGGUGGGGCCACUCGAAAUUGCCCACUGACGCUAAUGUUUAUACAAAAAUAAUCAACGAAUUUAAAUAGCCGUCGAGUGUUCGUGUAAUCGUUCCGAACCGCAGCAGCCGCAGCUUCUUCGGCUAUCGGGUUCUGUGAUUUACUACAACAGUCUUUUUGGAAAUCCGAGUAACGAAAGUGAGAAGGAUUCCGAUCCGUACGAAACACCGCAACCGAACGCACGUUCGUAUCGUCGUUUUGGUUGCGACUGAUGAAAAUAGUUUCGCGCACACGUAUCUCGUAUUCGUUAGCGGUUUUACGCAUUCCGCCGAGGAUGCAGCGAGGGCAGCUGAGGGACAUAACGUCCUGGAUGGCCCGCUUGCUCCCGGAGCCAUCCGAAGGAACGACUACCAGCACGAUAAAAAUGUUCAGCUCGAAGACUACAUCGUCGACGAGCACCUUUUACACGGACUUGACGGUGAACGAAGAGGAGGACGCUUCCUCGCAGACGUCACAGGGCAACAGAAACUCCAGACUCCUGGAGACCCAGAGUACGACCAGCGAGGAUGCCAAUUCGCAGGACUCGGACUCCGCGGGCGGCCCGGACGACCAGCAGUACAGCAAACACUCGUUCCACAGGAUCGCCAGUUACGGCGGUUUUCCGCGAUUUCAGCCGUUCGUCAUGUCGGCGUCGAGUCCGGCCGGUUGCACCGACGUCGACAGGGUCGUCGAACAGUCCACGGAGACCACGUCCUUCGUCAAAAUGUCUCACAGCGUCCUCGAGUAUCGCAGCAGCAGAUACGUAGUCGCCGAACGAACCUCUCAUCAAUAUGAGCUGGAAACUUACGCUAUCAGCGAAUCGGAGAGCGAAGAGGAACCGGAAGACACCGCCGAAUCCUCGGAAGCGGAAUCCACGAUAAAAACGAAUCAGGUCGACGAAUCGACGUCGGAGUCCAACAAUUGCGCACAAAACGAUGCGGUCGUACAGAAGAGAAAGAAGGGAAAGCACAUAGCGAACGAAUUGCUCACGACCGAGCGUAAUUACGUUAACAUCCUGCAUCUGAUCGAUCAAGUUUUUCAGUUCAAGGUCGAUCAGGAGAACCGGGCGCAUCCGAUGUUCGCGCCUGAAACGGUUCAGCACAUGUUCUCCAACAUAAAAUCGAUCUACAAAUUUCACAACGAUUUUUUGCUGCCCCAAUUGGAGGAACGGAUAAUCAAUUUGUGGGACGCGGAUCCGAGGAUCGGCGACAUAAUGAAAAACUUUGCGCCGUUUUUGAAAAUGUACACCGAAUACGUGAAGAACUUCGACUACGCGAUGAAUCUGAUCAGCACGCUGCAGCAGAAAAUACCGAGAUUCGCCGCUAUUAUAAACGAGAUACAGAAACGCGACGAAUGCGCCAAGCUUUCGCUCGCCCAUCACAUGCUCAGCCCCAUACAACGACUACCUCGCUACGAAUUACUUUUAAAGGAUUAUUUGAAAAAUCUUCCCGAGGACGACGCGGACUACGAGGACACGAAGAAAGCCUUGGAGUUGGUUUCGACGGCGGCCAAUCACACCAACGAAGCGAUGAAGAAAAUCGACAAGUUCAAAAAACUUUUGGAAAUUCAAGAGAGCAUUUAUGACGCUAUAGAUCUGGUGAGCGCUACCAGGGAACUCGUUAAGGAAGGAAAGAUCGUUAAAAUAUCGGCGCGAAGUGGCGAUCAUCAGGAGAGAUACUUGUUUCUGCUCAGCGACGUGCUGCUACUCUGUUCCGUGAGACUGAUACCCGGCCCUCUGUACCGACUACGGGCGAAAUUCAUGGUCGAAAACCUCCAAGUGGUCGAAGGUGAUAAUUUGGAAACGGCGAACACGUUUUACAUCAGGGACGAGCACAAGAGCGUGGAACUUUACACCCACACUACGGAGGGUAAGGCGGCCUGGUUGGACGCUCUCUUCAAAACCAUGCAGGAGAUCAUGAGGCGGAAGGCUAGUCUGAAAACCGGUGGCGCCAAAUCCGCCCUCGUCACAGCAGACGACGUUACGAGGUGCAUGGUAUGCGAGGCGAUAUUCUCGGUGAUGAAAAGAAAGCACAAUUGCAGAGCCUGCGGUAUCGUCGUAUGCGGCAAGUGUUCCAACCAGAAAUUGCUGUUCGAGGACAAUAAAAACAUGCGGGUGUGCCGUUUGUGUCACGCCGCGCUCACGCAACCGCUGAAAAAAUCUCCCUCGUCGCCGGCCGGUCCAGCGCCGAGUUUACUCCAAGUUUCGGCCGCCGCGACGUCCGUGUUGUCCGGAUACCUGCUCCUGAAGACCCAGGCGAGUAAACCCUGGACCAAGCGAUGGUUCGCACUUCACGCGGACUUCGUUUUGUAUUCGUUCAAGUCGGAGUCCGAGAGCUUGGCGAUGACGGCGACGCCGAUGCCCGGUUUCGCUGUCACCGGAGGCGCGACACUCCCGGAGGAAGAUCCGCUAAGCUUCAGGGAUCGGGAGAAGGCUUUCAAAAUUCAUCACUCGAGAAAGAGCUAUUAUUUGCAAGCCUUCACUCACACGGAUCACGAGAAGUGGAUAAACGUGUUACAAUUAGCUACGAGGGCGGAGUUGCCUUCGCCGGACGAAAAAGUCGAGGAUGUCGAAAGCGAAACAUGAUCAGCUCAGGAUCUUACGAAUAAGUUAGUCUGAGGUAAAUUUUUAUAAUUUAGAUAACGAUAAUAGCCAAUUGUUUAAAUGUAAUGAUAAUAAAUUAUACGAGAAAGAGAAGAAUGUAAGAUAGACGUUAGGCAACCUAUUUAUAAAUGACGUUAAAUUAUAUAGUGUAUAUUGUAA